UAAGGACUACUUGCUUGCUGUUUGACACAUAAUGCCUGCACUGCAGUACGUUGCUCCAAGUUACCGUUGCCUGCUUUCGUCUGAGCCGUGUUGUUGUGGCCCGAACGCAUGAUAGGCGCGAUGCACGGAACGCAGCGACAAGUAAGUCAAUAGUUUAUUAAAGUAUGUUGCAAUAGUAUACAGGAGUUGCGCUAUUGGCAAUUCGGGGACAUGCAUCGGAAGGCGGUUCCACGGAACUUCCCGUAGCGUGCAGAAUUACGAAUGCCGCUCCAUAUAAGCCCCUUGGUGCACAUUCUCCUGGUGUACAGUGCUACGCCGUCUACAUAUUAGACGUGCCUUAGUUUAAUAGGUCGUGCGGCAGACUUCACUCAACUAGUGUUCGGGCGGUUGACAACUGAAAUUGACCGUCUGAGCUGCAUCUUCAACAAAAUGGUGGCGCGCUCAACACUAUAUGCAGCCGUGUUGCUGCUGGCGAUGGCCAGCGGUUCUUUUGCAGCGAGCAUCACCUGCACGGGAACCAUCUUCACCAAGGCCGGGUUCAGCGGCAACAGCCUCAACAUCACACUGACACCGAUGAGCGCCUCGGAUCAGACCUACCUGGCAAACCUGAAGAACGUCAAGCUGUCGGGGGUCCCCGGCCAUUCCAACUGGGACGACGUGACCAACUCCGUCGAGCUGACCUGCUCCUGCCUGGGCGGCUCUACCUGCGCCGCCGAUUUCAGCCUGAUCGUCAUGCGCCUGUGGGCCGAGGACGCUGCCAGCGGCCGCGGCGGCGGCCCCUCCUACAACGUCACCUGCAGCAACGUCACCGCCGACGGCAUGAGCUGCGGCAGCGCCCUGAGCGUCAUGAAGGGCGGCUGGGUCGGUCGCACCUCGGCCGUGGCCAUCCUGUACAACAACACUGACUUCACCCUGCCCAAGCCCCGGCCCAAGAGCCCUGCGCACAAGUCGCCCAAGCCCUCCCACCCCAAGAACCCCAAGCCCAAGCCCUCGCCCAAGCCCGACCCCAAGCCCGCUGCCAAGCACCCCGAGACCAAGCCCAGCACCACCCCCGCCCCCGUCCCCACCCCGGUGCCCACGCCCGCCGCCGUCCCCAGCCCUGACCCCACCCCCGCCGGCCGCCACCUGCUCUCCAGGAAGGGCCAUGGCUCUGACGCUGCCUCCUCCCCUGAGAUGCCUGAGUCCGGCGACAUGCCUGAGUCAUCUGCGGAGGCCCCCGAGUCCGGCGACAUGCCUGAGUCCGCGGAGGCCCCCGAGUCCGGCGACAUGCCUGAGUCCGCGGAGGCCCCCGAGUCCGGCGACAUGCCUGAGUCUGCGGAGGCCCCCGAGUCCGGCGACAUGCCUGAGUCUGCGGAGGCCCCCGAGUCCGGCGACAUGCCUGAGUCUGCGGAGGCCCCCGAGUCCGGCGACAUGCCUGAGUCCGCGGAGGCCCCCGAGUCCGGCGACAUGCCUGAGUCUGCGGAGGCCCCCGAGUCCGGCGACAUGCCUGAGUCUGCGGAGGCCCCCGAGUCCGGCGAUAUGCCUGAGAGCUCGCCUCAGCCUGCGGAGAUGCCUGAGGGUGCGGACGCCCCUGCGACCAUGGAGGGACCAGAUGGCCAGGAGCCAGCUAGCAUGUCCACUCCCAACCCCGCGCCCACCCCUGAGAUGAAGAAGGGUGGCAAGGGCCCUGUGGCCGGCCACCACCACCCCGCCCACCACCCCGUCCCCCAGCCCAAGGCCCACCAUCCCACCGGCCACCACUCGUCCGGCCCCGAGCCGAUGCCCGCCGGCCACCACCGCAGCCUCCUCGGCAAGAAUAAGCACCACAAGGCCGGCCCCUCGACUGGCGCCAGCCCCGCCCCCGCCCACCACCCCAAGGCCCACCACCCCGCCACCCACCCUUCGCCUGCUCCCGAGCCGAUGCCCGCCGGCCACCACCGCAGCCUCCUCGGCAAGAAUAAGCACCACAAGGCCGGCCCCUCGACUGGCGCCAGCCCCACACCCGCCCACCACCCCAAGGCCCACCACCCCGCCACCCACCCUUCGCCUGCUCCCGAGCCGACGCCCGCCGGCCACCACCGCAGCCUCCUCGGCAAGAAGAAGCACCACAAGGCCGGCCCCUCGACUGGCGUCAGCCCCGCCCCCGCUCACCACCCCAAGGCCCACCACCCCGCCACCCACCCUUCGCCUGCCCCCGAGCCGAUGCCCGCCGGCCACCACCGCAGCCUCCUCGGCAAGAAGAAGCACCACAAGGCCGGCCCCUCGACUGGCGCCAGCCCCGCCCCCGCCCACCACCCCAAGGCCCACCACCCCGCCACCCACCCUUCGCCUGCUCCCGAGCCGAUGCCCGCCGGCCACCACCGCAGCCUCCUCGGCAAGAAGAAGCACCACAAGGCCGGCCCCUCUACUGGCGCCAGCCCCGCCCCCGCUCACCACCCCAAGGCCCACCACUCCGCCACCCACCCUUCGCCUGCCCCCGAGCCGACGCCCGCCGGCCACCACCGCAGCCUCCUCGGCAAGAAGAAGCACGGCGGCAAGGGCCACAAGCACAAGCACUCGCCGUCGCCUGCUCCUGCACCUUCCCCGGCGCCGUAAAACGUCAUCACCGGGCAUCUUUGCGGAGCCUUUAGCGUUGCUUCCAUUGUCCGGACUAGCUCCUGCUUACGAUGCUGGAUCUGUUUGCGGCACGUACGCCUUAUGUGUGCGUAGCACGGGAAUACGUACCUGUGUGUACAUAACGACAUAGUAUGUACUGAGGAGGAGGAGGCAUGACGACGGCGGCGGCAUGACAUCUAUCGACUGAGUAUGACUGCAGCGGAACCGCGCGCGCGGUGUUUGACAUUAGCGCCGCGCGCUGUGCGCGAUUGUACUACUGCUGAUGAUCGAACACAACAUGCAUGAUGGAUGGGAGCGUGCGCUUAAUGUGGGUUUAGUGGACCCAACCCGGAUUAAUUCAAAAUGAAUUUAGGCAGGUAUGCAUGCACAUCUGCUGGCCGGACGUUUAAUUGGCGCAGGUUGCAGGAUUGCUAUGAACUGCCGCGGCCUCCUUUUUGCGAUGUCAGGGCCUGGCGUGAAACGAAGUACGGAUGUAGAAUAGCGCGCUCAGCAGGCACGCACCUGGGGACUGCCGCGGAGUGGAUUCGUAUCAACGCUGAAGCAGCGCUUGCGUGCGCAUGGCAGCAGCAGUAAUGCAGGGAGGACACGGUGGAAACGAUGGAACUUGGAAAGAAAAACUUGCGUGUGUAGCCGUAAGCACUGCGGCUUUUACCCUGUUGCAUGUAACACAUUCAUGUA